UUCUGGUGUCUCAACUCUCAACUAAAUAACGGGGCGGAUACGGCCCUCACAAUUUCGUCAACCGUCUAUCGUGGUCUAUUGGUUCAGCCUCAAAUCGUCCCAGGGCCGCUAUGGUGUCGUUGCACCAAACACAAUGAGACCAGUACCAGGAACCACAGCAGAAGUUCAGGUAGAUACUCUGCUGCCCUCAUCCUGCAGUUUGUUUCAAGAGCCUUGCACUCAUACCUGGUGUCUGGCCAAGCCAAAUUGGUGUUUGCUGAUCGGCGCAAGAUUCAAUGA